UGUAAGUGCUUCUGAGAAGAGGAGCGUGUACCAGCUGUGUCUCUCCCUCUCUCUCUCCAUAAAACGCGAUCGUGCGCUCGGCCAGCUUUUAACCCAACCCCAGAAAAAGGCCAUCACUUGUGAUAAUCCUCCCUCUUUGCUGCAGCAGCUGGGCUGCACGACCAUUACCAGAUUACAUGGGAGAUAUUGGGGAGAUUUAGCCGGAUUCAAUCUGUUUUAAAGGCCAUUUGGAGUUUUGCUCGGGAUUCGGGAUUCACCUCCUCUAUCCUUCUGUCAAGGAUUGAUUUUUUUUUUUUUAAUACAUCAUUUUUGUUUUUAUUACAUUGAUUUUUUUUAUUUAUUUUUUCCCCUUCUGUCUUCUUUAGGAUCGGUCACAGCAGUAAAAGGCCCUCACAUGGCCCACCCUGACACACCUGCCCUACAUGCCAAUUAGGGCCGUCUCCAAGUGCCACUAUAAAGAUCUGCCAGCCUGCCUCCCCAGCCCAGUGGAACAUUCAAAUCUCAUUCAAAUCCUCCUGUGCAUCAUUUGACUUGUGCUGAGAGCUCAUGCAAAGCGGGAUCUGAAGACACAGAGCAGAGAGACGACGAGAAGAACUUGGUGUGUCUGGAGUCUGCCUGAGCCCAGUGUAUUCCCUGCUGGCUUUGCCCCUUUCUAUUGGUCACCAUGGAUGAGAUGGACGCACCGCAGAUGAAGAAGGAGGUGGAGAGUCUAAAGUAUCAGCUGUCUUUCAAACGAGAGAUGUCUUCCAAGUCUAUACCUGAAUUAUUAAAGUGGAUUGAAGAAGGAAUACCCAACGACCCAUUUCUGAACCCGGAGCUGAUGAAGAAUAACCCCUGGGUAGAAAGAGGAAAGUGCAGCAUCCUGUGAGACGCCAACGACCGCCUCUGCCCCCUCCCCCACCCAACUUUCAUCUACUCUGAAUGUAACUAGAUUCUGAUAGAGUCCAGGUAGGCAGCUGAAGAGACCUAUUUGAUCACACGGCAUUGCUCCAGCAGAAAUGACAUAUGCAGGAAGGGGGAGGGAUGCUGCCACCCCAGUAACCAGUCACCCCACCAUAGCUUAGACUGUGGGGUGGUUCUGCUGUAACAAAGAGGUCUAAUUUUAUUAUUUAUCAUUUUAGGUUUAUAGGAAGCGUGGCAAAGAACGUGUUGUAGAUUAAGGAGUAAAUUAACAGUAAAACGGGGUUAGAUUAGAAGGGUAGGACACAGCUGCUUGUCACAGUGGUAUGACAGCAAUAAUAUACAGUCUGGGGCCGUAGCAAUCCUAGGAUGCUUCAAUGCCCUGGUGCAGAUGUCUCUACAGCGCCCCCCGACUGUACCUUCCAGGUUAUGCACUAUAUUGAACAUACUAUGCUUUUCAGGUUAACGUCAUUGUAAUUAUAUACUCACGGGACUUGCAAGCCCCUCUUUAUAUCUUUUAUUUCUCCAAAGAGCUAAAUGCAGAGAAAUUGUAAAAAUGAAUCGGAUUCAUAUCUAAGAAUAAACUCUUGGUGCAUUUUUCCUC